AGAAAAAGACAUGCGUAUAGUGUGAUAUUAUUACGUGUUCGAUUGACGUUUUUUUCAUUGUUCUGAUUGACCACUAUUUUGCACACAUCAGUUAUUUAUUUCGAAAGCUUGUAGAAAUCUGCAACAAUGGCACCAAAAGCCUCAAGAGACUACGAUAAGGACAAGGAGCAACUCAAGUUGUUCCUUACCGAGUAUAUGAAAAUGGAUGAGAAAACAGGCACCAAGUUCUACUUGUAUAGGCAACAGUUGACAAAAAUAGCACACAGGGAGCAAGUUGCUUUUAUCAUUGAUUUGGAUGAUGUCAAGGAUUUCGACGAAGAGCUUGCUGAAGCUAUAUCCCAGAAUUCUCGUCGCUACAUCAACUUACUUUUACAUCUCGUUCAAGAAAUCUUGCCUGAUUUCAAAGAAAGGCCAGUAGUAGCCAAAGAUACUUUGGAUAUUUAUAUUGAGCAUCGAUUGUUAAUGGAAGCGAGAAAUCAGCAUCCAGGAGAGCAAAGAGAUCCCAGAAACAAGUAUCCUCUUGAAUUGAUGAGACGAUUUGAGAUAUAUUUCAAAAAUUUCAACGACGCCAAGUCAUUCUCUGUCAGAGAUGUGAUGGCAGCGAAUAUUGGCCAAUUGGUGACGAUUCGAGGUAUUGUCAUCAGAGCAACAGAAGUUAAGCCCUUGGUAAUUGUUGCCACUUACACUUGUGAUCAGUGUGGCGCGGAAACCUAUCAGUCUGUAUCUUCUAUGUCUUACACGCCUCUACAGAGCUGUCCCAGUGAUGAUUGUCGCGUAAAUAAGUCUGGUGGCAGAUUGUACAUGCAAACCAAGGGCUCUCGGUUCACCAAGUUUCAAGAAGUUAGAAUUCAAGAACAUAGUGAUCAAGUACCGGUAGGUCAUAUCCCAAGAUCUUUGACUAUUUAUUGUAGAGGAGAAGUUACCAGACAGUGUCAUCCUGGAGAUCACAUCGUAGCCACUGGAAUAUAUUUGCCAAUAUUGAAAACUGGCUUUGCUGAAAGGGAAGCAUCUGGUCUCUUGAGUGAUACUUAUCUGGAUGCUCAUAUAAUAGAAAAUCGGAGUCUGGCUCAAGAUGAUAAGUCACCUAAUGAAUUGACUGAAGAAGAAGUGGCUCUCUUUUCUGAGGAUGGUGUUUUUGAUAAAUUAGCCAAAUCAAUAGCACCAGAGAUAUACGGUAUGGAGGGUGUCAAGAAAGCUCUUUUACUGCUACUGGUAGGCGGAACUAAUAUAAAGAAAAACGAUAUUAAAAUAAGAGGAAACAUCAACAUCUGUCUAAUGGGUGAUCCAGGAGUGGCCAAAUCGCAGCUGCUCUCUUUCAUCACGCGUCUAUCUCCUCGUUCUCAGUACACGACUGGCCGAGGUUCAUCGGGUGUAGGUCUAACCGCGGCGGUCAUGAAAGAUCCCUUGACCAACCAGAUGGUGCUCGAGGGUGGUGCCCUUGUGUUGGCUGACCAAGGAAUCUGCUGCAUCGACGAGUUUGACAAAAUGGCUGAGCACGAUCGUACUGCCAUCCACGAGGUCAUGGAGCAGCAAACGAUCUCAAUAGCUAAAGCCGGUAUAAUGGCUCGCUUGAACGCUCGUGUCUCGAUUCUUGCUGCCGCCAAUCCAGCUUAUGGGAGAUACAACACGAAAUUGUCAAUCGAGCAAAACGUUCAGCUGCCAGCUGCGUUGCUGUCCAGAUUUGAUCUGCUCUGGCUUUUACAAGAUACAGCGAACAGAGAUAACGAUCUCAAACUGGCUCAGCAUAUCACGUACGUCCAUCUACAUGGACAACAGCCUCAAACUGAAAAUGAAGUCAUGGACAUGAAACUUAUAAGAAAAUACAUUCAAAUAUGCAAAACGGUGAAUCCUUACGUUCCAGAGGAUCUAAACGAAUACAUCACUGAACAAUACGUAAAUUUGAGAAAAGAAGCGCGCAACCUCAGGGACAAAACUUUCACAUCUCCGCGUAAUCUCCUUGGAAUUUUACGUUUAUCCACAGCACUUGCUCGAUUACGUUUGUCCCCUCUGGUGGUCAAAGAGGAUAUUGAUCACGCCAUUCAACUGGUCGUCGAGUCCAAGGCUUCAAUCAACCACUUUGACGAGAUCAGAUCGAAACCUCAUCAAGAGCGUAGAACUAAGAUCUUUAAUAUCAUUAAAGAACUAGCUGGUAAUAAAAAAGAGGUUCGCGUGUUUGAUAUCCAGGAUCGCUGUUUGACCAAGGGAUUCAAGCCAAACGAGAUCGAUGAAGUGAUCGAUUUGUAUGAAAAUUCGAACGUGUGGCACGUCAACGCAAACAGGACGAAGAUCAUCAUGGUGGAGUGAACGCCGUUACGCUCGUUAGUUUAUCUUUCCAUACACUAAGUUAAUUAAACAAUUACUUGUAGCUGUAAAAAUGAAAAUGUACGUUAAGGCUUUUUUUAUACACA